GGGAGAGGAGUCUGAGGGAGUGUGAGCUGUAUGUGCAGAAACAUAACAUCAACAGUCUGCUGAAGAUUGCAUCGUACAGCUAUGUACCUCCCGGCAGACAGACCCAUGGCCUUCCUCACAGAGUACUUCGAGAGGCUGGAGAAGGAGGAGGCUAAGCAGAUCCUACAGCAGCAGAAGUCCAACUCUCGCUCCGACUCCCGRGAGGAUGAGGUGUCUCCUCCCAUGAAUCCCGUGGUGAAGGGGCGGCGGCGGCGCGGUGCCAUCAGCGCCGAGGUCUACACAGAGGAAGACGCCGCCUCCUACGUCAGAAAGGUUAUUCCUAAAGACUACAAAACGAUGGCCGCCCUGGCUAAAGCCAUUGAGAAGAACGUGCUGUUUGCUCACCUGGACGACAACGAGAGAAGGUAUAUGUGAACAAUGAGUGGGUGACCAAUAUUGGGGAGGGGGGCAGCUUUGGCGAGCUAGCCCUGAUCUAUGGGACCCCCAGGGCCGCCACGGUCCGAGCCAAGAGCAACGUCAAACUGUGGGGCAUCGACAGAGACAGUUACAGGAGGAUACUCAUGGGAAGCACUUUGAGAAAGCGUAAGAUGUAUGAGGAAUUCCUCAGCAAGGUGUCCAUUUUAGAGUCUCUGGACAAGUGGGAGAGGCUGACGGUAGCUGAUGCCUGGAGACCGUUCAGUUUGAGGACGAGACAGAAAGAUCGGGUAGUACAGGGGAACCUGGAGAUGAGUUCUCAUCAUCCUGGAGAAAACGGCAUCAACAGUAUCACCAUUCUUUUAACUGUCAACUUUGGGCCUAUGUGUUCUGGCCCCUUCUCACCCUUCAUCAGGACUUCUGGGUUUCAGCGGCGUGCUCCAGAGACGCUCAAGAGUAUGAAGAGUUUGUGGAGUGGGAGACUGGCCCUCCGGACUAUUUUGAUCAGUGGUCUCCUUUAUAACUGGUCCCAGAUCCAGGUGGUCUCCUUCUAUAACCUGGUCCCAGAUCGUCGUCUCCUUCUUAGCCUGAUCCCAGAAUCAGUGGUCUCCUUUCUAUAG